AUGGUGGUUGGCGUUGGGCUGCACGCCUUUGGAAGAUUUCCGGAACAGAGCCUGUCGGACCUGGCGCGGGAUGCCGUCGUUGACGCGCUACGGGAUUCCGGUGUGCCGUGGUCGGCGAUUCCGGUGGCUUACUUCGGGCACGUGUACUACCACGGGAUGUCGAUCGGCGAGAGCACUCUGGCGCAGCUGGGACUGACGGGGGUGCCAAUCAUCAACGUGGAGAACGCAUGCUCCAGCGGGUCGACGGCGUUCUGGCAAGCGUACUGGGGGAUAACGUCGGGCGUGUUCGACAUGGCACUGGCGUUCGGCGCGGAGAAGGUGCCGAGCGGGCCGGUGACGGUGACCGCCGAGAACAGCCCGGCGCGGUACAUCGGCGGCGAUCACAUGAUGGCGGGAUACGCGCUGCGGAUGAAGCGGUACAUGGAGGAGACGGGGGCGCCGGCGUCGGCGUUCGCACAGGUGUCGGUGAAGGCGCGGCAGGCGGCGGCGAUGAACCCCUACGCGCACCGCAAAGAGACGUACUCGGUGGAGGACGUGCUGAAUUCGCGACUGAUCGCCGACCCACUGACGCUUUACCAGUGCUGCCCGACCAGCGAGGGCGGGGCGGCUGCGGUGCUUUGCGCGGCGGACGCGAUGGACGCCUACGGCGUGGAUCGCACUCGGGCGAUUCGGGUGGCAGCAGCGGCGUUGACCUCGGGCAACUACAACGGACGCGGCAGCGAUCAUUCGGCGUUCAGCCCGUACCGAACGGAGCCGGCGGCGUUGCAGGCCUACGAAAUGGCGGGCAUCGGGCCGGAAGAUGUGGACUUGGCUCAAGUGCACGACGCGGCCACCAUCGGUGAGCUGCAGCAGAUAGAGGCGUUGCAUCUGACCCCGUUCGGCGAAGCCUGGAAGGCGACCGAAGACGGGCGAACGGCGCUGGGCGGAGACAUUCCGGUGAACACGGACGGCGGUCUGCUGGCAAUGGGCCACCCGUUCGGAGCCAGCGGAAUCCGCAUGGUGCACGAAACGGUGACGCAACUGAGGGGCGAAGCCGGGCCGCGGCAGGUGGAGAACGCGCGGGUUGGCGUGGCGCAGUGCUCGGGUGCCGGCGACGUGACGACGGUGCACAUCCUCACACGGUAG